CAAAGUGGCACCAAAGCGAGUGGUUGUAUUAUUUUCGUGUACGGCAAAUCCGCGUUAAUUUUUUACAAGUGCUUUUUCAAUAAAAAUAAUAACAAAAUAAACCAUAAAAACGCAUUAAAAACAACAUAAAUCUAUUUACAACCCAUUAAUGCUUUAUAAACUAUAAGAAAAUUACAAGAAAUUUGCCGAAAAUGUGAGAUUUUUAAUGGAAAAUUCAAAAGUGAAAAAUUUUUCUAAUUGGGAAGUCAGAUUACAAAGCUUAACACGAACGACGAAGAAGAAAAAAUAUACGAAAAAGUAGAAGUAUGAAAAAAUAAAAAAGUGAAUACAUAAAAGGCACACAAAAAAAUGGUAUAUAAAGAGAGUGCAAAAUAAAUAAAUAAAAGGAGAGUGAAAAUGCAAUGAAAAAAUAACAACGUCGGAAAGAGAGAAAGAGUGAGAGUGUUUAUGUUUUGGUUUUUUGGUAAAUAAAUACAAAACAAAAACAAAGCGGCUGUAAUAAUAAAAAACAACAACAACAAGACGGGCAAAAAGUAGUGACAGCCGAGUGUUUGUUUAUAUUUUGAUUUGGUUUCGCCGGUUUGUUGUUUGUUUAUUUUUCCUUUUUUUCAUUCUUUCACUUAAAAGUAAAUGUACUCGUGCGUGUGUUUAUGUGCGUAAAUUACCAAGAAAUUUUGUGUUUACAUUUGUAUUGUUGUUGUAAUUAAUGUUUACAAAAUGUCACAAAAUAAUCAACGUAAACAUUAUCAUAUACAUGCUCCCUAUCAACACCCCCAACAGCAGCAACAACAGGCUCAACAUCAUCAUCAUCCGCAUCACUUGACUGCCACACAACAGCAGCAGCAACAACAUCAUCAUCAGCAACAACAGCAGCAAUGGUACGCGCCACAACAUUAUCAACAUGGACUUCAUUUAAGAGAUUCGCGCCAUAUUCAGCAUCCAUCUGCUCAACAUCCUCAUCAUCAUUCUCAUCAUGUUCCACACCAGCAACAACCGCAGACACACCAUCAAGCUCAACAUCACAGCCAUUCGAUGGCUUCUCAUAUGUUUGCAAGUGGUUAUGUUGCAGCAGGAGUUGGUGGAGGGGGUGGAGUAGGUGGUGUUUCUAGUUCAGCUGGUGGUGGGGUAACAGUACCGAGUUCACCACACAAUACAGCAACAAUGGGCAGUACACACAACAUGCCGGUUGCUUCUUCCCCUGCACAUCAUUAUUCUUCUGCUGCUGCUUUGGCUGGUUCGAGUUCGAGUGUUGUUGGUGCUGGCAUUAGUGGCGGCCCGACACCAAGUAAUGCACCUACAGCUAAUAGUGCUGCUGGUGGCGCCUAUGCUGCUCGUAACCGAAUCUUUGACCUUGAAAUGUUAACAACACAAUCAACAACACAACAACAUGCUCACAGUAGUAGUGCAGCAUCACAUUCUCACUCUAUGUUAUCAACAGCCGCCGGCAGUUCAAGUGUUCGAUCAGCAGCAGGUUUUGAUGCCUAUUCUCACAAUUCUUUAUAUUCUCAACCCAAUCAACGUCAUCAUUCUUCGCCUGCCUCUUCCUCACACCAUCAUUUAGCUGCUGCGUCGCAUUCUCUGCAUCCUCAUCAUUCCCAUCAUCAUCACCACGCACCAACGUCGUCGCAUCAUCCUCAUCAAACGUCUCUGCAUCAGCAUCAUCAGUCCCAUCAUCACCAUCAGCAGCAGCAGCAUCAACAGCAACAACAACAACAUUAUUAUCAUCAUGCUCCACCAACUUCGCUUCAUCGUCCACAUUCACAAGUUAUGCCCCCCAUGUUACAACAUAUUAAAUCUGAGCCAGUAGAGCAAAUCACCGUAACACCGUCUAUACAAACCGAGGAAAUCAUCAUAAAAUGUAAGUUGUAUUUAUUGUCAUCACUGUUUGUUGUUGUAUGUAAAAUAAGGAGACAAUGUUGGGUUUCCCUUCUUCAAAUUAUGUUUUUUUACUUUGUCGUAGUAGUUUUGUUUUCAGUAGAAAUUUCUGUGAAAUAUCUUCCCCAGAUUUGCUGUAUAAGUGUAACACAACGCGAUCAAUUAUUUGUCCAUCUAAAUGAGCAUAAAUACCAACCACGCUUCGAUUGCUGUAUCUGUCGUUUAUGUUUUCAAACUUCAUUGGAACUGCAUGAUCACUACAUAAACAAUGAAGAUUUCUGUGGAAAAUUUUACGAUAAAGAAGCCUUUAAAAAACCAAUUACCUCGUCGUCAACGUCCUCCACAUCAACAACACCUUAUCUGGGAAAACCGGAAAGUUCGAAUUUGGAAAUAGCACAUACGUUCUCCCUAAAAGAUAUACCUCCGGCUAAUAGUCAGCAUUUGGAAGCUUUAUAUAAUAAACCUUCCUCUUCAAAAACUUCCAUGGAAGCAGCUAAUUCGUUUGGUGCCGCUAGUGAUUUUCCUUUGGAGCCACAGGUAGAGGUAAAAACAGAAAUUAAAGUAGAACCCGAUUUUUAUCCACCUAUGGAUCAAUCAGAUUUUCCAUCUUAUGACAAUGAUUAUCCUCCUGCCGAUUUUGCAACAGGCUCCAAUCCAAAUUUAGCAUUUCUACAAGAUUUUCAAGAUAAUGCUUCCAGCUCUACUAAUUCAUCGUAUUCCUUUAAUAAUAACGAUGCCAUACAAGAUGAAGAUGCCAUUUGUUGUGUGCCCAAGUGUGGGGUACGUAAAUUCUCUUCGCCUUCCUUACAAUUCUUUGGCUUUCCAAGGGAUGAAAAGUAUUUAGCACAAUGGUUGCAUAAUCUAAAAAUGAUCUAUGAUCCUAAUGUUAAUUAUGGUUUAUAUCGUAUUUGUAGUUUACAUUUUCCCAAACGUUGUAUAGCUAAGUAUUCCUUAAGUUAUUGGGCAGUGCCCACCUUUAAUUUGGGUCAUGAUGAUGUGGGUAAUUUAUAUCAGAAUAGAGAAAGUUCGGGGGGGUUUCCGGCCGGUGAAAUGGCCAAGUGUAGUAUGCCGGGUUGUCCUUCGCAGCGUGGCGAAACUAAUGUAAAAUUUCAUGUAUUUCCACGCGAUUUAAAGACCUUGAUAAAAUGGUGUCAAAACUCCCGUCUACCGGUUCACAGUAAAGAUAAUAGAUUUUUCUGUUCGCGUCAUUUUGAGGAGAAAUGUUUUGGUAAGUUUCGUUUGAAACCCUGGGCCAUACCCACCCUCAAUCUGGGCACAGUGUAUGGUAAAAUACACGAUAAUCCUAAUAUCUAUCAAGAGGAAAAGAAAUGUUUUUUGCCCUUCUGCCGACGCAGCAGAUCGUAUGAUUGUAAUUUAUCUUUGUACAGAUUUCCACGCGAUGAAACUUUACUAAGACGUUGGUGUUAUAACUUGCGCUUAGAUCCCAAUAUGUAUAGAGGUAAAAAUCAUAAAAUAUGUUCUUCUCAUUUCAUUAAAGAGGCAUUAGGCUUAAGAAAACUUAAUCCCGGCGCAGUGCCCACUUUAAAUUUGGGUCAUAAUGAUAGAUUUAAUAUAUAUGAAAAUGAACUUUACACACCACCACCGCCUCCGCCGCCACAACCCUCCACCUCGUCGAAGGCUCAUAAAUAUGCAGAAUUGUUUAAACAGGAAAUGGCUGGUUCAUCACAUAUCUAUGAUGGCGUUUUUAUGAAUGCAUCAUCCAUGGUGCAGAAAUAUUCCUCCUCGGCAGCAGCAAAUUCUAAUAAUUCCAAUAAUUUAGAUUUGGGAGAUGUUUGCCUAGUGCCCACCUGUAAACGUACCCGCCAUUCAGCUGAUAUUACUCUGCAUACGGUACCCAAACGUCCGGAGCAGCUGAAGAAAUGGUGUCACAAUUUGAAAAUGGAUUUGGUUAAAAUGCAUAAAAGUGUUAGAAUCUGCAGUGCACAUUUCGAAAAGUAUUGCAUAGGCGGUUGCAUGAGACCCUUUGCUGUACCUACACUAGAGUUGGGUCACGAUGACACCAAUAUCUAUCGGAAUCCGGAUGUUAUUAAGAAACUUAAUAUACGUGAAACUUGCUGCAUACAAACGUGCAAAAGAAAUCGUGAUCGUGAUCAUGCUAAUCUUCAUAGAUUCCCCACACACCCUGAAUUGCUGCAGAAAUGGUGUGAGAAUCUGCAGAAACCCAUUCCGGAUGGCACUAAGCUCUUCAAUGAUGCUGUCUGCGAGAUACAUUUCGAAGAUCGCUGCUUGCGUAAUAAACGUUUGGAAAAAUGGGCCAUACCCACUUUAAAUUUAGGCUGGGAUGAGGCUCCGCAUGCUCUACCCUCUGAGGAGGAGAUUAACGAGAAUUGGGUAAAGCCUUUUGCUCCCAAUAAUGGCGAUGAGCAAGGAGAAUGUUGUGUGGUCAGCUGUAAACGUAAUCCGCAAAUUGAUGAUGUCAAAUUGUAUAGACCACCCGAGGAUGCUGAGCAAUUGGUUAAAUGGGCUCAUAACUUACAGGUGGAUGUGGCCGAAUUGCCCAAUAUGAAAAUUUGUAAUUUACAUUUCGAACAGCAUUGUAUAGGCAAACGUUUGCUCAACUGGGCCAUGCCUACUCUCAAUUUGGGCGCUAAAGUAGAGCAUCUUUUCGAAAAUCCUCCACCUAUGCCCACUAUCUAUAAAAAGAAAAUCAAACCGGAAAGGUUAAUCAGCAGCCAUGAAGCCAUUAAAUGGUCGCCACGCUGUUGCCUGCCGCAUUGUCGUAAAAUGCGCUCGGUGGACAAGGUUCAUCUGUUUCGUUUUCCCUACAAUAACCGCCAGACUUUGGCGAAAUGGUGUCACAAUUUACAGCUACCAUUGGUGGGUAGUUCUCACCGACGCAUCUGCUCCAGUCACUUUGAAUCCUCGGUAUUAACCAAACGUUGUCCCAUGUCGCUGGCAGUACCCACUCUUGAUCUAAAUGCUCCGCCGGGCUAUAAAAUCUAUCAAAAUCCUGCACGUUUAAAACAAAUCAAAAUAGGCUCACAAAGAAAAUGCAUCAUAGAGAGCUGUGGCAAAACCAAACUAGAUGGUGUUUCACUCUUCCGUUUCCCCAACAAUAGAUCCAUACUAUAUAAAUGGCGUCAUAACAUCAAAAAUUGGCCUAAAGGAAAAUUAAGCUCUCAGCUAAGAAUCUGUGCCGAACAUUUUGAGCCACAUUCGGUGGGCGAAAGAAAACUGUCGCCCGGUGCUAUACCUACUUUGAAACUGGGACACGAUGCUAAAGAUUUAUAUCCCAAUGAGACCAGAUCGUUCUUUGAUUUGGAGAAAUGUGUGGUUAAUGGCUGUGAUUCGCGCAAAGACAUGGAAGACAUAAGACUUUUCCGUUUUCCUCGCGAUGACGAUGUUUUACUUAAGAAAUGGUGUAAUAACCUUAAAAUGGAAACCAAUGAUUGUGUGGGCAUUAAGAUAUGCAGUAAACAUUUCGAAACGGAAUGUAUAGGACCACGCCAGCUGUAUAAAUGGGCUAUACCUACCUUAAAACUGGGACAUCAGGAAGAUGAUUUAGUGGAUAUAAUACCCAAUCCACCGCCCGAGCAAAGAGCCGGAGAAUUCCUAUUCAAAUGUUGUGUACCCACCUGCGGUAAAACGCGCAAAUAUGAUGAAGCUCAAAUGAAUAGUUUCCCAAAGAAUUUGAAAUUAUUCCGCAAAUGGAAACAUAAUCUAAAAUUAGAUUAUCUCAAUUUUAAAGAAAGAGAAAAAUAUAAAAUUUGCAAUGAUCAUUUCGAGGCGGUGUGUGUGGGUAAGACUAGAUUAAAUUUUGGAGCUUUACCCACUUUAAAUUUGGGCCAUGAUGAUGUAGAUGACUUGUAUCAAAUUAAUCCCGAUAGAAUACGACCAAAUUUGUUUAUAAAACAAAAAGAUGCCGAACGAUUGGAAAGAAGACGUAUUUUACGGGAGGAAAAUAGAGAGCAAUAUGAGUGUGAGGAACCAGAGGAAGAUAAUACAGAUCCUUUAAGUCUAGAACCAGGAGAUAUUAAAUGUUAUGUCUCCGAUUGUUCUGCUCCCAAAAGCAUAAUGCGUGAACCCUAUGAAUUGCCGCAAAGCAAAGAAUUUAAAGAAUUAUGGUUAAAGGAAUUGGGAGAAGACGCUGAAGAGGACUUACCCUGUGAAGCUAGAAUCUGUGGCCUACAUUUCCAAAAUAUAUUCAAUCAACUUAAAGAACAAAUGUUGGAAUUAGCAGAAGAAAAUCCCGAUUUAAAAUCCGAUUUCCAGAAAUUACAAUAUAAUUAUCAAAAGUCGAACAUAUCUUUGGUGGUCAACAGCUAUCAGUGUCGUGUGGCUGAUUGUGCCACCAACCUCUUAAACUCCUCCAUAAGACUGUUUUUCUUUCCGUAUGGCAAAAAUUUAGUUAAUAAAUGGUCUCACAACACCGGCAUAAUACCCGACGAACAUCGCCGCUAUAUGAAUAAAGUAUGCGCCUUGCAUUUCGAAUCCUAUUGCAUUACCGAAAACCAAAGAUUAAGAUCUUGGGCCAUACCCACUUUAAAUUUACCUUUAGACGAAGAUAAACAUUUGUAUAAAAAUCCCGAUCUUACUAAACUAGAUCGCCGAAUGUUGGGACCACAAAUUGUUAAAUGUGCCGUGAAAAAUUGCAGCUAUCAAAAAUCUGCCGAAGAUGAUUCCAUUAAACUUUUUAAUUUUCCCUGUGAUGAUAAGUUACUAAAGAAAUGGUGUGAUAAUUUAAAAAUGUCUCAUCAUUUUACGCCUCUAUUGAAAAUUUGCUCUUUGCAUUUUGAGAAACAAUGCUUUGGCAGCUGUCGCAUACGUUCCUGGGCCAUACCCACUUUGAAUUUGGGUCAUGAUGAGGCUCCGGAGCAUCUCAAUAAAACCACCAUACGCCAAGAGUUAUUUGAGGCUCCCGAGCAGAUAGCCGACAUACAAUUGAAACAGGUUAAGAUUAAGAAGUCUCUGGACAGCGCUAAAUGCUAUAUAGCCAGUUGCCGUAAGUCUAGAUUGAAACAUGGUGUACGUUUCUACAGUUUACCCAGCAAUCCCAAGAUGAAACGUAAAUGGCUGCAUAAUUUACAAAUUUCACAAAUGAAAUCCUCGCAUAAGUUGCAAAAUGUUAAAAUUUGCAAUCAUCAUUUUCACAAAAGAUGUCUAGAGGGCAAACAACUGAAAGCCUGGGCUGUACCCACCAUGCAUUUAGGUCACACGGAUGCUAUUUUCGACAAUCCUCGCAAAGUACAAUCUCUGCAGAUACAGCGUUGUGUGUUGGCGCACUGUAAAAAUCAUACGAUGCCGCAAGGAGUUCGGUUAUUUGUGUUUCCCAAAUCACCCGAAUUUCUAGAGAAAUGGUCGAAAAAUUUAAAACUAGAACUGGAGAAAUGUAAGGGCAAAAUAUGCCAUGAACAUUUCGAAAAGGAGGUUAUAGGAGAAAAGAAAUUGAAAAAUGGAGCAGUGCCCACUUUAAAUUUGGGCCAUGAUGAUGAGGAUAUAUACGAUAAUAAGGAAUUAAAAGAGAAAAUGAAAUUGAAAUCCAGAGAACAGGAAGUAAAAGUAGAUCCUUUAGAAACAAAAGAAAUCACAGAAGAGUUGUACGAAGAGGAAUAUGAGCCCCAUUCCGGGGAGGAGGAAGAAGAAGAGGAGGAGGAAGAUGAAGAAUUAUGGGAAACCGAUAUAGAAGAGGAAGAACGCGAGAAGGAGGAGGAAGAGGAGGAGGAGUUGGAGGAAGAAGAAGUGUUAUACUAUGAUGAGGAAGAGGGGGAGGAGGAAGAUGUACUAGAAGAACAAGAAAGUAAUAGUAAAAGACCACAAGAAGAUGAUGAAUUGAGUGUUACAACCAGCAUAACCGAUUGGAGUUCUAUUAAAUUUAAAGAGGUAAGAGUAGCCAUAACACCUUUAACACCCGAAGACUUAAUGGAUUUAUGUUCCCGUUCUUCAUAUGAAAGAGAAUUUGGUUGCCUAACACCAGCCAGUAGUUUAAGAGGACGUAGAUCUAUAACACCCGCUUCUAGUUUAAAAGAAUUACGUUCAGAAACUCCUGAACAAAAGCCCAAUAGCGGACAACUUAAGUUAAGAUCCGAAACACCGGAUAAUAAGUCAUUUUUUGGUUUUAGAGAACCACGUUCAGUGACACCCGAUCAAAAAGCAGAUCAAGCAAGAGUCACUCACACCCCUGAACCUAAACUAGAGAAACUAAACGAUAAUCAUAAUGAAACCAAAAAUAUCUCAACAAGUAAUACCCUAAAGAGAGAUAAUACAGAAACCAACAGUUUUAGUGUCAAACGUGAAAGAUUGGAAUUGUCAGAAGAUGAAAACACUAAUACUUCUUUGCCCUUGGAAAUGGAUUAUGCCAAUAGCACUAAUCUUAGAACCGAUAAAGCUCUUAAUGCAGUAGCUCCCAUUUGUUGUCUAAAACACUGUGGCAAAGAGAAAACACCCGAACAGCAUUUGACCACUUAUGGUUUUCCCAAAGAUCCACAAUUAUUGCAAAAAUGGUGUGAUAAUCUAGGCUUACAGCCCGACGAAUGUAUCGGACGUGUUUGUAUAGAUCAUUUUGAAUUGCGUGUUAUAGGCACACGAAGGCUAAGACAAGGAGCAGUGCCUACUUUAAAUCUAGGACCUAAUCGUCAGGCUAAACACUCCAACUCAGAGGAAAUGCCGCCAAAGAAAACAUUAACCAAGGAUUGUACAGAAACAGUUAACCUGCCAGAAGCGGACGGCAAUCUAAAGCCACCACCUCCUUAUAAGCAUAGCAAAACCAGCAAGCAAUCGGUUUUUCGGCUAUGUUGCCUCAAACAUUGUCGACGCAAGAAAUUUGUAAAACCGGAGAAGAAAGAGAAGGACUUGCCGAAGGAGCCAAUGGCAAUGGAGCAGCUAUUUAAAUUUCCCACUGAUGAGAAUACACUAAAGAAAUGGUAUAAAAACUUAAGAUUACCUGAAAAGCUAAGCAUACCCAACGAUUUGCAAAUAUGCGCAAAACAUUUCGAAAGCAAUUGCAUUAUAAAAGGCAAACUACAUCCCAAGGCUGUACCAACGCUAAAGCUAAGCUAUGCUAAUCGUGAGCCUAUUUACAAGAAUAAUCCCAAGGAUUUUGAGACUUUUAUGCAGAAAUCAACACCAAAAGAAAAAUGUUUUCUAAAACAUUGUGGUAAUGUUAAUACCGAAAGGAUUUUCCUAAUACCCUUUCUGGAUAACGAAAGUAUGAGUGCUAAGAAAUGGUGUAAAAACUUGAGAAUCCCUUAUGAUAGAAGUAAACUAAAGAAAUUGAAAAUCUGCAGUGAACAUUUUGAACCCUAUGUGUUCUACAAAAGAUGCCAUUUAAGAAACGGGGCUUUACCCACGUUAAAUCUGGGUCAUACGGAAGCCAUAACACGUAAUUGUCGCAAGUUACGCUUGAAACGGGUUAACAGUAAUAGUGUUAAGGAGCAGUGUUGCAUUGAACAGUGUAAGGAAACAAACUUGAAAUUGUAUGCUUUUCCGCGCAGUUUCGAAUUGCGCAAAAUCUGGUGCAACAAUUUGCAAAUAGAACUUAGGCAAGCUUUAAAUAAUCACUAUAAAGUAUGUAGCAAACAUUUUGGUAUCGAAAGUUUCAUGGUCGGAUCGGAUAAUUUGAAAAUUAAUGCUGUACCUGUUUUGAAUUUAGGCAUAAAAACCGAAAGUCAUUUGGUGUUGAGUUCAAAUCCUCAAGAAAGUAAAUGUCUAGUGGAAAAUUGUCAAAAGACCCCCAGUGUGGAUAAGGUGAAACUAUUCAAAAUGCCACAAAAACCCGAGAUACUUAAGAAAUGGCUGUUUAAUUUGAAUUUAUCGGCCGAGACUUACAAUCCUCAGGAUGUUAUCUGCAGUAAGCAUUUCGAUAAGAGUUGUAUUAAACAAGGACUGCUACAUGAGAAUGCCAUACCCACCAAAUUCCUAGAGAUAGCCUCUAAAGACUGGUUCUACAAAAACAAUGAGGAAUUAUAUGAAAUGCCACGAAAAUGCUGUGUUUUGAAUUGCCAACAAACAUCGGAGGAAGCUAAACAUUUGUAUAGAUUUCCCAAGCACAAAGAGGAUUUGGAAAAAUGGUUGUAUAAUUUGAAAUUACAAGUAGAAGAGUCCGAGGUUAAAGAUUUGCGAGUAUGCGAUAAACAUUUCGAACAGAGCUGUAAGAUAUCCAACAAGGAUUUAAUAACUCAAGCUUUACCAACCCUCAACUUGGGCCACACGGACUCGGAUAUUUAUGGUAAUAAUUUUAUAAAAUGCUGUCUGGAUAAUUGUACAAUCGAGGGUUUCUAUUAUCACAAAUUACCCGAAGAUUUAAUGUUACAAAGUUUCUGGUUUCAAGAACUCGAAAUGGAAACUACUUAUAAUACCUCCCUAUACAUCUGUUCCGUACAUUUUGUGGCCUUUUUCGAGAGGAUCUUGGAAAAAUAUAGUGCUUUUCUUAAGGAGUCCAAGGAAUAUGUUAAGUUGUCGCUAACCUAUAAUGAGCUUAAAGCUUUACCUGGUCUACAAAGCUAUAAAUGUAAUAUACCAAAAUGUAAUUCCGGUUUCAAACUCAUAUGGAAAUUAUUGAAAUUUCCCAAAGAUCAAACUUUAUUCAAUAAAUGGCUGCAUAAUACGGGUUUAAAGUUUGACUAUGAUCAGCGCAACAAUUAUCGCAUAUGUGCCCAACAUUUUGAGGAAAGAUGUUUAAGUGAGAAAAAGCUACAUCGUUGGUCUUUGCCCACCCUAAAGCUGCCCUUCAACAAUAGUUUAUAUGUCAAUCCACCCGAGGCAUUACCCUCUCAUCAUGAAAAUCUUAAACACUGCUGUGUCUCCAAUUGUCCAACUGUUAAGGGUCCAUUUUAUAAGUUUCCCCUUAAGCUAUCAGAAGCCAAGAAAUGGAUACAUAACUUGGACCUGGGCACCCAACAAUGUACCUUAAAUUUAAGAGUCUGCUAUAAACAUUUCGAAAACUAUUGCUUUUCCAAGGCAGUGGAUAAAAUAAAACCUUUAAAAUCCUGGUCAGUACCUACUUUAAAGCUGAAACGUAAAACCGAACUAUAUCUCAAUCCAGCCGAUAAGAUAGCCUAUUAUGUUUGUUGUAUAAAUAGCUGCAAGCAGAUUUUAAAUAAAUCCAAAGAAAUCUAUCUCUUUAAAUUUCCCUCCAGCAAUACGUUGAGACAGAAAUGGUUACACAAUUUAGGCCUUAAUCGUACGCAAUAUCAGGAAACUAUGAGAAUUUGUUCGGAUCAUUUUGAAAGGGAUUGUUUUUAUAAAGGCUAUAAGUUAUUGCGUAAAUAUUCCGUACCCACUUUGUGUCUAAAUAAACCACCCAAGGAUCUUCAUACCAAUCCCGUAAGACGUCCCUAUCUAAAGUGUUGUGUUAAAUUGUGUAAAGGACCCUGGUUGCAAUUGUUUAACUUUCCCAAAGAUAAAACUUUAUUAAGAAAAUGGUGCCAUAAUUUGCAAUUGGAAAAGGAAAUUCCCAUGGAGUCUUUAAGAGAGGCCAAGUUAUGUGGUCAACACUUUGAAAAGGAAUGUUUCAAUAGAUUUGGUUUAAUAAGGGCAAUGGCAUUGCCAACACUUAAAUUGGGACAUCGUAAAAAGCUUUUCAAAAAUCCCAAUUUUAAUGGAAAAUCAAAGAUCAAAGCGGAACUAAAAGAAGAGGGAAAAGCAGAGGAGAAAGUAACACCUAAAGCUAACGAGGAUGUAACAAAAGAGCAGCAGCAGCAGGAUUUACAGGUUAACCAGGAGUUAGACAAUAAUUUAGAGUCUGAAAAAAAGGAAACAAAAACAUUUAGAGCAAAAGCUUUAAGGCCUUUACAACAUUUAAGAAAACCCGAUAAACUUAUCAAUCGUUAUGAUCCCAAGGCCAAAACUCUAAGAAAGAAAGCUUUAAAUAUCAAAGCUAAACUCACAAAAGUUGUGAAGACAAAACAUUUAUCCAACAAAGCUAAAGAGAAUAAAACCAAGAAAGCUAAAGAGAAGAAAACUUUAAAAGAAAAUAAAGAGUCAGAAGAACAAGAAAUUAACAAUUUGAUAGAAGAGAAGAACUGUAAAGAUAAGGAAGAACAUUUAGAUCAAGUUAAGGAGCCGGAAAGUUGUGAAGUUGAGUCAAACAUACAACAGCAAGAGGAUGCUUAUUUGGAAAAUUUAUUGGAAAUUUUAACAGAGACCGAUAAUGCUACAGAUUCAAGGGAAAUUAAAGAACAAAUAAAGCAGGAACAGGUAAUUGAAAGUACUCAGAAAUUAUUGGAUAUAGAAACCGAGAGAGAACAAUCUUCUACGGCAGCUAAGCUAAAAGAGAACCCAGAGCAGUUAACUACUCAAGAAGUUGCAAAGCAAACUGAAGACUAUUUGCAGAGUAAUCCAGAAGACGAAAAUACUUUUACUAUAUAUGAGAUAAAACAGGAAUUGGAAGAGUUUAAGGAACAGCUUUAUAUCACAGACAGUUAUCAGACUAACGAGCAAUAUCUAGAGAAUAACGAAAAUCCCAAGGAAAAUGAUAAUUUAGACUAUAGUCAAGAUAGUUUUACAAAUGUACAACUCUAUCCCUACGAAGAUUCUCAAGAUGAUUAUCUACAAGCACGUCCGGACUAUGAACCAAGUGAUCAUAGUGAAAAUGAAUUAAACGAUCCCGAUGCAACAGAAGAACCUGAUAAACAUACAAAUGGCAAAGGUAAAAACCCUAUAGGUUGUUGCAUAAAAACUUGUCGCAACUUUAAUAACUAUCAGGAUCAUAUACCAUUCUUCAAACUACCCAAUAUACGCAAAUUACGAGAACAAUGGCUGGCCAAUUGUAAAAUCAAUCAAAAACAAUAUAACGCAAAGGGGGUCUUAAGACGUUUCAGAAUUUGCAUAGAACACUUUCACAAACAAUGUCUAAAAAAUCAUUAUCGUUUACUGAUCGGAUCAGUACCUACCCUAAAGCUAGGUUCACCCGCUAUAUACUCAACUAAUGAAUCCCUUAAAUACUAUAGCUAUUUUAGGUGUAAAGUAAAGUGUUGUCAACGUUCUACACAAUAUGAUAAAAUCAAUAGAAUCAAAUUUCCCGAGCAGCCGGAAUUGAAAAGUAAAUGGUGUUACAAUUUGAAUAUCAAAGAGAAUACUUUAAGUGCUAAUGAUUGGAUUUGUCAUAGACAUUUCGAGAGAAAAGCCUUAAUAGAUUGUCGCAAACCCAAGACGGGAAUGUUGCCAACAUUACUUUCAGAUAGUUUAGCGUUAAAAGGAAAUGCUGAAGAAGGAGAUCUGGAGAAUAUAGAGAAUAACUCGAAAACUUGCUGUGUUAAAAACUGUGAUGGUUUAGUGGGAGAAUUUUGUAAAAUACCCACUAAAUGUAAGGCGAUAUAUAAAAAAUGGUUAGAGAACUUAAAACUGGAAGAUACACCAGAAGUAAGGGAAAACACAUAUGUUUGUCUAAAACAUUUUGAGGCCACUUCUUUGCAAAAUAAAAGAAGAAUUCCACUUAUGGGUUCAGUGCCCACUUUAUAUUUAGAGGAAAGACAUGAACCACAAGGGAUUAUAAACACCAAAUGUUCACAUCCUUUGUGUAGGGAAGAUACUUCUCAAUUAUAUGAUUGGCCUAAUAAGGGUAUCUGUCACAAUAUUUGGUUACAGAUCAACAAAUACAGUUGGGAACUAAAACAUCAUGAAUUAAAGUGGCAACGUCACUCAGAAACAAUCAAAUUUUGUACGAAACAUUUUAUAAAUCUCUAUGAAAUCAAUCAAAAAAACAUAAAUAGUUGUAAAAUUUUAACAACAAAUAAUAAAGAAAUGUUAAAAGAAAUUUUUGAAAAUCUCAAACCAAAGUUCACUAAAGUAAAUAAAGUGAAAAAAUAUGAUAAAUGUGUGGUUUCGGGUUGUAAAACAGAUCAUCAAUUUAUGGCGUAUAAAUCUUUUAAACUUUUUCCUUUUCCCAAAACCGAUAUAAGUAAAAGCUGGUGUAAUAACAUUGAUAUGGACUUUAACACUUUGAAAACUCUGGCAACCGCAAAAAUCUGUGAAUUACACUUUGACAAUGAAUGUUUUGCACAAAAGAAACUUUUGGAUACGGCAUUACCUACUUUAAAUUUACCGAAAACUAAGCGUAAUGUUUUACCCAAUACACAAAAUGCCACUGGUAAAUGUUGCCUUAAAUCUUGUCCUAAUAAUCAGGGUUUAAAGGAAAAAUCUCUUAAUAGAUUAUAUAAGUUUCCCUUAAAUCCUCAAAUUCUUCAAAAAUGGUUACGUCUAACGAAUUGUACGAAUUAUGAGGUGAAAACUUUACGUAUUUGUGAUUUGCAUUUUGAAAAAUGUGAUUUUAAUAAAAAUAAAACUUUAAAGGAAUCAGCUAUACCCAUAUUAUAUUUAGAUGAUCUAGAAACUUCACUCAAUUCUCCUCAACCCUCGGCCAUAGAUGAUUUUAUACAGGUCAAACAGGAACUAGAUAAUUCCGAGGAAUGGUGUGAAAAUUUAGAUUCUCUAAAUCAUGAUUUGAAUGCAUAUGAAGAAAGUCAAAUAACGGCAACACAAUUAGAGCUAAAGAAAUUUUCCGAUACAGAUAACUAUCCAUUGUUGGAUAUAAAACAGGAAAUUCUUGAAAUACAAGAAGAAGAACCACUUGAAACAAAUCCCUGCUCGCUCUUUAGCAUACAAAAGCUGGAGGCAUCAGAAACCUAUGAAUACACUCAGACAAGUUCUUCGCCUCCUCGUAAAACUGAUUUUGUUAUAAGCGACAUCAAAUCUCAAAUCUAUUUAUGUUGUGUACAGAAAUGUACCAAUAAUUCAGAAACUCCAGGUAUACGUCUCUUUACCGAGUUCCCCAAUGAUUCGGAAAUAUUUAUAAAAUGGUGUUUUAAUCUUAAAAUAGAUCCUCGCAAUUAUCAGGAAAAUCAAUAUAAUAUAUGUCAACAACAUUUUGAAACGAUAUGCUUUAAUGAACAAGGUCAACUACAACCCUGGUCCGUGCCCACCUUAAAUUUAAAUUUAAAUGAAAAUUCUUUUAUACAUCAAAACGAUAUACCCGAACAUUUGCAAACACCACCCGAACAAUGUAUUGUUUAUGGUUGUAUUAAUCCGCAAAAGCCUCUCUACAAAUUCCCCUAUAAUCCGGAUGUCUCACAUAAAUGGUUUGCAAAUUUAAAACUAGACUAUACCGAUUUUCGAGCACAAAAUUAUCGCAUUUGUAAGAGACAUUUCCCGCCACAAUGUUUUGAACACAACGACUCAAAUAAACUGAAAACAGAAGCUGUACCCUCUAUAUAUCUGGGCCAUACAGAUAAAAUCUUUUAUUUUAAUACAGCCGAGGAAAUGCAAUUAGAACAAGAAGGUAUUGCAGUUGCUGGCGGUGGUGGUGGUGUUGGUGCUCUUAGUAAUCAUGAUAACAGUAGAGGCAGUAGUCAGGGUUCUUUAGGUCGUCUUAUAUCACCCCAUGAUCUAGAAGAUCAUGAUAGUAGUUAUUUUGAAGAUUUUGAAGAAUACUACGGACAAGAGGAAUAAAUUUAAAUAUAUAUUUAUAUACUACAUAUAUACGCGAUAGAAAAAAAAGAAUAAAUUAUAAAUUUAAAGAAUAUAUAAUAAUACAAUAGUUUUUAGAAAAUAUAUAUAUUUUUAACCUAUAAACGCACUACUCUGACAUUCUUCGGAGCAAAAGCAUACACAAUUUUAGUGGCAUUUAGAUGAACAAGCACAAAUACUAUAAUUAAGAAAAAGUUUUUGUUUUAAAAAUUUUUAAAAAAUAAUAUAUAUAUAAACAGAUUAAUGUAAAAAAUCACUUCCCUGUAGCAUGACCCAUAGCUUGUAGUUAAAAAAUAAUAUAUAUAUUUUGUAACAGUAUUUUUUUUAUUUUAAAACCACUAAUUUUUAAAGAACCCAGUAUUUUAUAAAGGUUAAAUAUUGAUCUUAAGAGUUUAUAGCAAUCUUAUAAGAUUUUUAUGGAAUCUAUGGUUCAGACUAUAGACUAAACUGUAGAUUACCAGAUUACAGAAUUUACAUUAGUCCCGACUAUCAUACUUGAGAUUAUAGACUGGUAUAUAGUCCUCACUAUAGAUUCAACUUUACAACAGAUACCUAUAGACUUAACUAUCAUUCAGACUAGAGCUUAGGCUAUAGUCUAGACUUCAGAUUAUAAACUACACUAUAGACAAGACUACAAACCAGACUAUAUACUAGACUAUAGUCUAGGCUAUAGAUGGCACUAUAUUCAAGAUUACAGACUUGAAUAUAGUUCUGACAAUAUACACGACUAUAAACUUGAUUACAGAUUAGAUUAAAGUUGAAAUAAUGGUGUAGACUACGGACUAUAAUAUAGUCUAGACUAUAAAAUAGAUUACAGAUUAUGGUUUAUAAGGCUAGAAUAAAGUUAAGACUACAGACUAUAGAUUAGACUAGUUAAGACUAUAUCCAUAAAGAAUUAACUAUAUUUUGGAUUAUAGACCAGACUGUAGUCUAGACUUCUGAUCAUUAACUACAUUAUAUAUAAAGCAAUAAAGUGUACAUUAGACUAGACUAGAUUAUAGUCUAGGCUACAGAUGGUAUUAUUCAGAUAAUAGUGUAGACUAUGCACCAUACUAUCGUCUAGACUAUAAAAUAGAGUAUUGUUAAUAGGAAUAAAGUUUAGACUACAGACUAGAUAUAGAGACUAUAGAUUGGACUAAAGCCCAGACUAUAAAUUAGUCUAAAGAACAUAAGGUAUAUAGACAGGACUAUACUCGAGACUAUAGGCGGCAAUAUAGUCCACAUUUGAAUAUAUUAAAAUCCAGACUAAAGAUUAGUCUCUGGUCUAGUUAAAGAUUCCACUAUAGAAUAGAUAUAGACUAAACCAGUCCAGACUAGACUUCAGACUAGGGACUGCAAUAUAUACUAGGCUUUAAGCUAAACUUGACUUAGACACUAAUAAAGGCUACUGCAGUCCAUAUUAUAGACUUGUUUAUAAUACAGACUGUAGACUAUAGUCAUUCUAUAACAUAGUCAAGUCUAUAACUAUAGUUGAGACCACACAUAGUCUUGACUGAAAUAAGGUCUAUUGUUUUAUAACUAUAUAACUAUAGUUUUGAUCAUAGUCUAGAAAUAUGUUCCCUUUUCACUUUUUUUUCAUUCACCAACUUUUUUGUCGUGAAAAAAAUCAACUGUUGUAAAAUUUGUUAAUGGAAUUUUGUAAACAAUGAACAGUUGUUCUACACAAUAUUAACUAUUGUGAAUGAAUUGUUCGAGUGAAAUGUAAAUUUCAAGAGAACAAAAUGUUGACUUCUUUUGGCGAUAGGGGUGAUAGUCUUGACUAGGGUUCUAUAAAUCGACUUUCGAAUAAUCGACUUUUUGUCGAAAAAAGUCGAAAAGUCGAAGUCGACUAUUUUGUUCCAAAA